UCUCUUCGCCACCUCCUUCGUCUACCAACACCAAAAAAGGCGAGAAAACUAUGGCGGAAACAGCUGACCAGUCGACGGUUACUGCUCCAUCAGUGCCUAACGAACACGGUAGUAGUCAAGAAGAAGAUAAGACUGAUCAAGCAAGUUGCCUCGGGUCAAUCUGGAACUCCAAGCCUGUGCAAAUAUUUCGCUUUGUGCUGUUCCCACUGGGCCUGUACCUGUCUGAUGUCAUUACAGACUUGAUGCUGGCAGUUCAGUACUAUAACAGCGGGGAUCGUGGCUGGUUUGGCUGGACACUAGGGUUCGUGAUUGUAUCAUCAAUUAUGACAAGUAUGGCGACAACAGAUUAUUUUUUCGAUAAAAUCCAUGAAGAUGAAAGAACUGAUGAUGAUGAUAACGAUGAUAUUGAUACAUUUACAUGUAGUGUUAAAACGGUAGCUCGAAUACUGCAGUUAGGCGUGUUAUUUCGGUAUUUCGAUCUCUUCUGCCUAAUAUUGAGGGGUGUAGAUGUGGAAAAACAAGUGGAGAACGGCUUUUCCUUUAUACACUAUGUAGAAACCCUGAUUGAGAGCAUCCCUCAACUGUAUCUACAGAUAUACAUUAUUGGCUCCACGGGUGAACAGGUCAGUGUUCUGAAAAUAAUCUCCAUGGUGAUAUCUCUGCUAUCAGCAGUGAAGACUGUGGUUGCAAGAUAUCACAUGAGUAGGAUAGACAAAAAUCAGAUGUCUACAUGUCGAUAUACGUUACAGUUUCUUUUCAGAGUUUUAUGGAGAUCGACAGAAUUGAGCUCUCGUGUACUGGCCGUGGGACUGUUUGUGGGUGCCUUCAGAGCAUGGGCUGUCAUUCCGAUUGUAGGGCAUUUCCUGAUAAUGGCAGCGGCCUUUGUGUAUGUUGCACUGAGCAAAGGCAACGAUGCCUAUAAAUCAAUUGGUAUUUCUAAUACAAUUGUGAAUAUUGUCGUUGAAACCUUCAGUGUGUUAGUUAUUUCAUACCUCGACACCAUCACACUUUGGCUGCACACAAUGCUGACGUUGCUAAGUAACAUCGCCAUGGUGACAGUCUGGUACAACCUGAGGACAGAACAGGACUUCAACUGGUUUCAUAUGGGGGUCCUGGUGAGUGUAGUCGCGGGGUCUGUUGUGUCGGCUGUGUGUUGUUUUAUCUUUAUGGUGUUGAAAGGGAGGAUAGAGUCUCUGAAAUUCUGUUGUGAUAAACCAUCAGAUCAGGAGGAAUUGACUGCUACGAAUCUUGGAACACCUACAGAGAUAAACAGUGUGUAGAACCUCCCUGGUCCACAUUUCCAUUGCCAAAAGAUGCUUAGAAAGCACUCAACAACAUUGCUUUGAACAGUAUAGUGUCUAGACAUGUGUAUCAACAUGCAGAUCUACCAAAUGAAACACUUAACAGUCCACGGAAAAAAAAUCAAAAUCCCGAUUAGAGAAAAAUACGCUAGAUCUAUCUUCAAAUAGGUAUGGGACCUAAAGUUACAUAGUCAGUAAAAGCUCUUGUACUGUGGUAUUGUACUGCUAAUUUGUAACCUAUGAUUGUUAUUAUAUGACCAUGAAUAAUCCACUGUUAGUGACGUUAUGGUUUUGUAAUGACUAUUGUGUAACUAUUUGUCCUGUUGGUACUGAUUUCUAGAUUUAUAUUGAGUACUGUUAAGUAAAAAAAGUCACGCAAACUUAACAGAUGUAGCUUCCAAGGCCAUAUUGACCCAUCCUGUGAGUACUCAAGUACGCUCAGUUGAGUGUUGUUAAACAUGGACAUUGGAAUAUUCCUUGUACAGCAUGCAUGUUACGUGAUCCAAUUGAUAAAUGAUCUUUAUCUAAACUGACAUGUGGCAAAAAAUUCUAUAAACUUUAUUGCUUGUUGCGUCAAUGACAGUACAAUCAACCAAUUUACGUGUACAUUUUGAUAUUGUAGGUGAUGCUCUAUAGGUCGGGCUUACAACAUUGUGUAUGACAAUUUGUAAAUAGAAAAUAAAACCUACACAUUAUUACUGGAUACUAGAAAUGUUACAAAUUCUUUUUGCCAUAACAUGUAAAAGAAAGUGUGAGAUAUCCGAUAUCAAUGAAAUUGGACAACAAAACAGGACACAAACCAUAUGGUGAUAUUGGGCAAGCUUGCCUCCAUUGAAAACAAAUGCAUGAUUUGUAUCAAUGUUUGUUUAUGUAAAACAAUUCUGUAUAUGCUUUUGGUUGAAUAUAUUUUCAAUAUUUUGCAGACUUAGUAUUUCACCUGUUGUAAAAGAAAGAAGGUCUUCAAAUAUUAUUGAAUAUGGACUGGAGAUAUGAAAGGUAUUAUUAAAGACUUGGUCCUACAUUAACAAUGUACGUGUAAAUGGUUGAUCAG